AUGAGUCAUUCUUUUGACGAAAAAACGUUUACACACUUAACUUACUGUGAUAAAUGUAAACAGCUCUUAUGGGGGCUCAGGCGACAAGGCCUUCAAUGUAGAGACUGCGGCUACAACUGUCAUCAUAGCUGUCAAAAGACAGCCGCCAAAUGUUCUAUUGCUGUAUCUCAGGGAUUUUUGAAAGAUAGCAAGAAAUAUCUUAAACGACUAUCACAGCAUAAUCGUAUUGAAAGCAGCGAUCUAAAGCGGCAAAAUAAUAGCAGUAGCUCUCAUUCUAUUGUAACUCCUCUAAGUGAUAAGCCUACUACUGCAGAUAGUCUAAACCAUUUGAUGGCUAUUGUCACUUCCAAGAAAUUCCAAAAUAUUGUUCUUGACGCCAUUGUCGACAACCCUAUUCCAAACAAUGCUUACUUGGCUAAUCAACCACCACUUAAUCCCCAAGCUUCAACCAUCAAUUUUACUCGCUUCGUAUCUCGAUGUGGGCCUGUGUUUGCUUUUCGUGAUCGACUGCUGUUAUUGCUGAGUUGGAACAACCCCAUCGAUACUUUUGUCGUCCUAUUAUCUUACAGUAUUAUCUGCAUAUACCCAAAACUACUAUUUUUCAUACCCCAAUGCGCCAUUCUAUAUUUUGCCUUGACAAGUGACCGUAACAAAGCUACCGUGGACGUCAGGAAAGGCUCUUCUUCAUCGUCUUUGUCAAUUGCAUCAUCAUUAACACAAGAUGCUAAUAAGGAAGCACAUAACAGCAACGUACCUUUUCAUCGCUUCUCCAAUAUCUCCAAACUGUUUCAGCCAGCCAUGGAGAACUCUCCAGAGUACUUGCGUAAUUUACAAAAUUUGCAAAACAAUAUGGGCGAGUUCAGUGAUUUUUACGAUUGGGUGUUAUUACAACAGUCCAACUACUUCAACUGGAGUUCCGAAAAGAGAACUAUAUUUAUGCUUCAAGCUCUGUUGCUUCCCACCAUCUUUAUAGCGCUUGCUCUUUACUUUGUUCCUGUACGCCUCAUUUUUUUAAUAUCAGGGUUAUCGGUAUUCAUUCUAAACACAAGGUUCGCAAAAUACAUUAUAAAUGAACUCGAGCCUUAUUUGAUUCGCUUUUAUCAGCAAAGUACGCAAGCGUGGUUGGAAGGAUAUACUGAUUUGAAAUCAAGGCUCGAGAAGAACAAAGAGAUUAUACAUGAAGUUUCCAUCUUUGAAAGCCAAAUUUGGUGUCCUAGUCGUAAGUGCUAUCUACCGUUGCAGGAUGGCAGACUUCCUUUGUCUACCUCUAUUGAAACAGAAGCAUCAUCAUUCCCUAAAGAUAUAGCAGCGAUCUCACCUCCCGACGGCUAUCAAUGGAAAGAAAGCAGCGAGUGGGCAAUAGAUACAACGGGUCCAUGGGUCGAUUCGAUUUUAUGUAUAGAGGUCGCGAUAACACCCAGUAAAGAAGGUUGGGUAUAUAGUGAUGAUCAUGGGAACAUAUUUGAACCAAGGGAGGGGAGCCUGUAUACUCAUGUCGAAGCUCCAACUGCCAUUGACGCGAAUGAAAAGAUACGAAGAAGGCGAUGGUUUAGAAGUUGUGAAAAAGCUUGAAGCAUCGCUUACGUCCAGGCUUACAUACAACAAAGCUGUAUCGGACAUAAACAUCUUUUCUUCAUCUACAUCCAAGUACUUCAAUCAGGAGUAAAUGGUACACGAUUUGCACAUAAUCACUUUUCAGGGAUCAUCAAUAUGAAAAGAGAAUCCCAAAAAUAAGCACAAUCAAAGUGCAACAAUUAUUUAAUGCGUCUCUACAUAAGAAAUAUGAGGAACCGACAACUCCUUAUUGUUGCAUAUAACGGAGCGGUACCGAUAUAGAACAGUAGAAAGGAUAACACUUCCGUUCAAAGCACAAUAAUUCCACAGGUUCAUUCAAAUCUGUCUUUUUCAGUUUAUGUCGAUUCCCAUCAGCAGAGAAAAGAGGAAAAUUGUUCCUCACCCCUUAAUAUAACGUAAUAAAAUAAAUGCUCCCAAAUGACUGAUAAAACGCGUUUCAGUGAACGU